GAUUCUUCCUCCCAACAAGCCCCCAAGCUGCCGACAGUCCUCUCUUGAGGAAUCGGCAAAAGCUUGCUAUUUUUCUCUUCUUUUCUUGUCAAAGAACUGAUUUUGGGACCUAGAACCCUCCCUUUGAAGUAGAAAUUUCCAGAUCUGCUCUCCCUUCCUCUUCCCUUCGGUCUGUGAGUUUCUACUGGUUGGGGGUGCGAUUUUCUAGGCAUUUUUGGCUUGAAAUGGGUUGUGGUGAUUUUGGAGAGAGAAUCCCGUGAAUUAGCUAGUAUUUUGGCCAAUUUGUGAAAGUCGGAGUUACUGUUCACAUCGUGCACUGUUCACGUGUACUGUUCACAGAACACUGUUCACACCCCAAGAGUCAACGAUUAACGGGGAUUUAAAUGAUUAGUUUGUGAUAUAAGAACGAAUUUGGAGAUAUCUGAUAAUGUGGAUAUUUUGAUUAGGUUCUUGAUCGUUCUGUCAGUUUAGUACGUGAAUUGAGUGCUCAGUUUUGCGGAGUGAGGUAAGUAAUUUAUGGUAAUGCCCGUACUAUUUAAAAGCAUGUUUUGAUUUGUUUUUGAAGUGGUGGCGGGACUAAACCCGUUUUACACGAGCAUAACUGAUUUGAAGUGAAAUGUUUUAUGCUUUUCAUUAAAUUGAGCAUGCCUACUUGAAAUUUAAGUGACUGUCCUGAUGAUCUGAAAGUGAUUGUGAAUUGUGAUUUUCCUGUUAACUUCUGCCUGUUUUGUCUCUGAUGUGGUCAUGUUAUUCGUGACCCUGCUAGUGGGGGAGGUUAUAAACACUAGCACAUGUCGGCAUAUGUCGAUAUGUUAUUCGUGACCCCGCUAGUGGGGGAGGUUACAAACGCUAGCACAUGUCGACAUGUAGUGAUAGAGCCGGUUCGUUCAACCCAGCUAGUGGGGGUUAUACACCAGCAAAUCGUGGCCCUGCUAGUGGGGAUUAUACACUGGCCGUGACUUAUAGAGGAGACGUCUAUUUCGUGCCCGUACUGUAUCCGUUUUUCGUGAUUGUACUUGUUGGCAUGCUGUAAGUUUAAUUAAGGGCACUCUAUAUUUUACUUACUGAGUUAUCUCACCUCAUUUUUCUCGUCCACCAUUUUAGGUAGUGUGCCCCGAGACUCAUAAAUCAAGGGGAGUGACGUGAAAAAAAAAUAAAAAAAGGCUAGCCACUUGAGAUUUGGCAUAGAUUUUAGAUACAUGUACACCACGCUCCUGUAAGUUAGAUUUUAAUUGGAAAUUUUAUGGUAUUAAAACUGAUUUUGUUCAGUAAGUUCCGAGCCUUGUGCACUUGUGGGACCCGUCUCACGAGUGCACGGCGUCUGUUGCGCCUCGGAUUUGGGUUCUGGGGCGUGACACAUUGAUUAUGAAUUUUGUGAUUAUACUUUCUAUCUUCUUUUCUUUUUGAAAUUCUUAUUACUUGAUAUACAUUUUUUUCUAUUAUUUUUGGCAGGAACAAGAACUCAUUUCAAAAUAAUUAAGAUCUUCAAGAUUCCUUCGUUUGCUGAAGAUGAUGUAUUCCAUUCUUUGUUGACUAUGUCACACUUUCUUUCUCUUGAACCCACAUAAUUCAAAGGUUCCUUGUGCCAUUUACUUCAAUUCUUUUGCAUAGUUUUUCAGCAAGAUGAGUGUUUUGUUGACUCGUUUACCAUAAUUUCUUGAUGUACAUUAUAGGUCUUUAAUAAGCUGAUGGUUGCAAAGUUAUCUGUUGGUUAGGAUCUUUCAUUUAUUUCUUCUUCUAUUUGCCCUUCAACAAAUAGUUCAAUGAAUUAAGAACUAUUUUCAUUAUUCAUGCUGUCCACAAAGGUUUAUUUUGAUCCAAAGUUGGAGAAGGUUUAUGAUCAAAAUCUGUCACAUGUUUGUUCAAUUGGAUCUCUGGUUAAGGAAGAUGAAGUAUCAAAUGGCUCUUAGGACACAAAAGAUUCGAUUAUAGCUAUUCACAAUAGAGGUAGCUUUGUUGAUGCAAUGGUUCUCAAGAUGUCCCUCCUUCUCUAAAUGCUUAGCUUUCUAUCAAUCUUAUAGGCCAUUAUAGUUUCUUAUGGUGAAGUUAUCCUCAUUCGUUAAUGAGGAUCCAUAAAUUAACAAUCAGUUAGUAUAUGCCAUGUCCUCAAAUUUCUUAUAUAAAAGAUAGGCCAGGAC